AAGGCCAACAGUGUGGCAAGACUACCAGGCAGGAAAAACCAACUCUCUGGGCAUCUCAUCGGAGACACCCAUGGUAUGGACUACGAAUGACCCAAAUGAUGCAUCAUACCACCCUCUGAAUAUCUAUGGCCCCAACUAUUGGUUGUUAGACGUCCUAGUGCGAUGUGAAACAUUGGCUGAAGAAAAUGGCUAUCUGAUUCUUAAAGGAAAAGUACAGAAGGGGACUGUCAGCCAACUGGAAAGUGGCUUUGAACAUGAGUCACAAUGUUCUGGAUCAUAUGGUGCCACCUAUAGUUUGCCAUUUCCAAUGACUGAUCGACAUUUUGUUGUUUGCGGGAAGAUUAACGUCAUGGAAUUUGGCAGUGGAAUAUGUCAAAUCGAUAAUUUCUGAGUUUCAAAUUCAUAUGCGGUAGAACCUGUAUAUCUGAACACCUGGGUAAUCCGAACACCUCCCAAUCUGAACACUUUUUUUCGGUCCCAUUUUUUCCUCC